GGCCAAUAGAAUAAAAGCUAGUUUUCAUUUUAAAUCCAGGCGGUUGAGGGGAAGAAACGGAAGAGCAGAAACACAGUCACAAGAGCUUAAGAAUCAUCAUGCAGAAUAAAGAGAACCAGGAGCCCAGAGUCGUCCAAGCGCAGGUGGCUUGUGUUGGUCCGUUCAGAGUCGGCAUGAAUCCAGGCUCACACGCUGUCACAGGUCCUGGAAGAGUUCCAGUGAGGUCAAACUCAAAGAAAUUCUCCAUCAAAGACUUCGACAUCGGCCGUCCGCUCGGCAAGGGCAAGUUCGGUAACGUGUAUCUGGCGCGUGAGCGGAAGCUGAAAGUGAUCGUGGCUCUGAAGGUGCUGUUCAAGUCUCAGAUGGAGAAGGAAGGUGUGGAGCAUCAGCUGAGGAGAGAAAUCGAGAUCCAGUCUCACCUCAAGCAUCCGAACAUCCUGCGCUUCUACAACUACUUCCACGACGACACGCGUGUGUUUCUGAUCCUGGAGUACGCGCCGCGUGGUGAGAUGUACAAGGAGCUCCAGCGCUGCGGCCGCUUCGAUGAUCAGCGCACGGCCACCUACAUGGAGGAGUUAGCUGACGCUCUUCAGUACUGCCAUGAGAAGAAGGUGAUCCACAGAGACAUUAAGCCUGAGAAUCUUCUGCUGGGAUACAGAGGAGAACUCAAGAUUGCAGAUUUCGGCUGGUCCGUCCACGCGCCCUCACUCAGACGCCGGACCAUGUGCGGGACUCUGGAUUAUCUGCCGCCGGAGAUGAUCGAGGGUCACACUCACGACGAGAAGGUGGAUCUGUGGUGCAUUGGUGUGUUGUGUUACGAGUGUCUGGUGGGAAACCCUCCCUUUGAGACGGCCAGCCACACCGAGACAUACAAGCGCAUCACCAAGGUGGAUCUGCAGUUUCCCAAGGUGGUUUCUGACGGCGCUCGUGAUCUGAUCUCCAAGCUGCUGCGUCACAGUCCCUCCAUGCGUCUGCCGCUCAGGAGCGUGAUUGAGCACCCGUGGGUUAAAGCAAACUCACGCCGGGUCCUGCCGCCCGUCUGCAACCCGCAGGCCGUCCCGCAUCACUGACUCGCGCGGCUCUCCGCUCAAGGACCUGUUUGAGACACGCGGGGCUGCUGAUCUGGGUUGACUGGUGGUUGGUUGUGCUGUGACAGCUGAAUGUCAGACUUCACUGUUAGAAACACCCGAUCGAGGGCCGGAUUCACCCUGUGUGUGUGUGUGUGUGUGUGUAUACGGGCAUCGUUAAUUGGUUCUAAGCGUAUUUAAUUGACCAUUAAUGAGCCGAGAUGUAAACAAACUCUAAAGUUUGUUCUCUUCUGUUUUACACUGUCUCAUGUAGAUGUAGUUCUGCUGUUCUGUUUAUAUUCAUGUUUAGUGUUUUAUGAAUGUCUUCUUCCAAAUCUGUCAAAAAUAAAAAGCUUUAAGUA